GCAAGGGGCUGCUGGGAAGACGAGUCCGCCGCCUCCCCUCCAGCCGCCGCCACGACGCCAGCCGGCGGGGCCUUGAAGGGAAACAGGCGGGCGAAGGAGGCGCCUCGCUUGCCUUCAGCAUCCCCGCCGCGCGCGCGCCUCCUCGGGCCGCAGCGCUCCCGCUCCCGCCCGCCGUCCCCUCGCGAGCCGGGCCGAGGGCUUUACCUCAAGCGGCGGACGCGGGGUGGUUUCCUCCUUCUCCUUCCUGCCGCCGCCAGAGCUGGGCGAACCGGAAGCUCGGAGGGAGGCCCGCCCGCUCGCGCUAGUAGUAGUGGCGGCAGAGGUGGCGGCAACAGCUACCGGGGUCGGGCGGGAUGGAGGCUGCCGGAGAGGGAGGCGGCGGCGGCGGCGGCGGCAGGCCCGGGGGCUGCGGGUGCAAAGGGAUCCGCUGCUGCUUGCUUUGCGAGGCCGCCGCCCCGCCCCCGCAGAGUGCAAACUUUGUUUACUGUCCACUGACUGGUUUCGCUGUGGGAGAUAAUCAAUCCAAAUUUGCAGGCUGGGCCUUUCUGUUUCCAGGAGUGUUUUUGCUGGAAGAGUUUAUAAGCGAUGAUGAAGAAUGCAAAAUGGUUGAGCUGAUGGACCAAAAUGCUUGGAAACCAUCACAGUCUGGCCGAAGAAAGCAGGACUAUGGCCCCAAGGUGAACUUCAAGAAGCACAAACUGAAAGCGGGUAGUUUUUCCGGCUUGCCUAGCUUCAGCCAGGAGAUAGUGGCACGGAUGAGAAGCCACUCCAUGCUCAAGGACUUCUCUCCCAUUGAGCAGUGCAACCUGGAUUAUGGUCCCGAGAGAGGGUCUGCUAUCGACCCACACUGGGAUGAUUGGUGGCUUUGGGGGGAGCGCCUGGUCAGCUUAAACUUGCUUUCAGCUACUGUGCUUUCUAUGUCUUGUGACUUAGAGGAUUGUCUCCAGCUAUUUCCUCCCUUUCUUCAAGAAAGAAAGCUAACACAGAGCUCUGUGUCCCCUGCUGCUUCUCAAGAGCAUCAGCCCAAAGAUCCUACUUCUGUAGGAGGACUCGGAAACACCACAGAGGGGGGAACUGCCUUUUCUUCCCCCACAAGGUCAGUUCCCUCCAAAGAGGUCACUGUUGCCAUUCAUUUACCUCGGAGAUCCCUGGUGGUUCUGUACGGACCUGCUCGCUAUAGAUGGAAACAUGCCAUUUAUCGCAACCAUGUUAACAGCCGCCGCGUCUGCAUCACCUUUAGAGAAUUGUCUGCGGAGUUCAGUCGUGGAGGAGAACAAGAGGAACUGGGUAAAAAACUCCUGAAAAUGGCACUGACUUACCAGGGGAUACCUGUAUAAACAUUCAAGGGAAGGAACUGAAACUGACUUGUUUGGCUCACCAGAAAUUAAAGUUCAAAGCUUUCGUAAA